AUGGCAGAACAUCGUUUCUUUUUAAUUGAUAACAAUGGUUCCACUAAAAUAUACGAAUACGGACCACGAGGAUACCGUGGACCUCGUGGAAUAAAGAGAAUCCAGGGAGAAAGAGGCUUGCAAGGAUUUGCUAAUACAACUAUUACUGACAAUCUUCAAAAUGAAUUUUUUCGACUGAGUGGCGAAGUUCUUCAUUUAAACAACACUAUAAUCUGGCAAGAAGUUCUCAUUGAUGAAAUGAUUGAAACAAUCAUGCAACACAAUGUAACUGUUGAGGAUUUGAAAAUAGAAAUAAAAGCCUUGGAAAAAAAACUUCAACAACAAGAAAGCAAGUUCGAAGAAAAACUUCGUAAUUUCAGAAAUGAAUUUACUGAAUCACAAAGAAUAUCCAACAAUGAAAUCCAAAGUCUAAAAUCUAUAAAUUUGAAUCAAGACACCAGGAUAAAUAAUUUAGCUACUUUUAUUUCGACAGGUCCUGAUUACGAAGGAAAAGUUAGGUUGGCGAACGGAACGGGUAAAGGAGGACGAGUUGAAAUUUUGCACAAUGGAGAAUGGGGAACUAUUUGUGACGAUGGCUGGGACGAGGAAGACGCACGGGUUAUUUGUCGAAUGCUUGGGUUUGGUCCUCCCAUUUACUGGACGGAUGACAACAAUAACAAGGGUUCCACUAAAAUAUACGAAUACGGACCACGAGGAUACCGUGGACCUCGUGGAAUAAAGAGAAUCCAGGGAGAAAGAGGCUUGCAAGGAAUUGCUAAUACAACUAUUACUGACAAUCUUCAAAAUGAAUUUUUUCGACUGAGUGGCGAAGUUCUUCAUUUAAACAACACUAUAAUCUGGCAAGAAGUUCUCAUUGAUGAAAUGAUUGAAACAAUCAUGCAACACAAUGUAACUGUUGAGGAUUUGAAAAUAGAAAUAAAAGCCUUGGAAAAAAAACUUCAACAACAAGAAAGCAAGUUCGAAGAAAAACUUCGUAAUUUCAGAAAUGAAUUUACUGAAUCACAAAGAAUAUCCAACAAUGAAAUCCAAAGUCUAAAAUCUAUAAAUUUGAAUCAAGACACCAGGAUAAAUAAUUUAGGAAAAGUUAGGUUGGCGAACGGAACGGGUAAAGGAGGACGAGUUGAAAUUUUGCACAAUGGAGAAUGGGGAACUAUUUGUGACGAUGGCUGGGACGAGAAAGACGCACGGGUUAUUUGUCGAAUGCUUGGGUUUGGUCCUCCAAUUUACUGGACGGAUGACAACAAUGUAACAUACCCACUAGUAUAUGGCCAGGGAAAGGGAAAAAUAUGGCUCGAUGACAUACAAUGUACGGGAAACGAGUUGAGCAUUAUAAGCUGCCAGAGAAGUGAUUGGAAUAAACAUAAUUGUAGUCAUAAUGAAGAUGCUGCGGUUUCUUAUAGUAGAUACUUGUUCUCUUCAAUAAAAUGUAAUUUUUCACCUUAUACGCUGAUAAACCUCUUCUCAUAUCCCGCACUUUCUUAUCAACGCGACAGCAGUGAUAUUCACAGCGUCUUCGCGCGAUGUUCCAAACAAUAUAAAUUGGACUCAGAAAAGGAUCUUCACAAGUCUCCAAGUUCUUAUUCAAUAAUAAUGGUCGAUAACAAAUGUUCUAAUAAAAUUUUCUUCUGCGACUUCAAGUUUUUCAAAGAGUUUACUAUGUAUACGAAGUUGUUGAUAUGUUUGUUACUCGCAAUUAGAGUUGCUACCGAAUCCCAAGGUAAGAAAUGCUUUGCACCUGUCUACUGUGCUGAUAACGAAGUAGCAACACCACAAUGGCAACAGAUUUUCCCUCGUCCAAAGUGUAAAUUGCAUGUUUCAAACAAUGGUUCCACUAAAAUUUACGAAUACGGACCACGAGGAUACCGUGGACCUCGUGGAUUAAAGGGAAUCCAGGGAGAAAGAGGCUUGCAAGGAAUUGCUAAUACAACUAUUACUGACAAUCUUCAAAAUGAAACUUUUCGACUGAGCGGCGAAGUUCUUCUUUUAAACAACACUAUAAUCUGGCAACAAGUUCUCAUUGAUGAAAUGAAUGAAACACUCAUUCGACACAAUGUAACAAUUGAAGAUUUAAAAUUAGAAAGUUUUCGACUGAGCGGCGAAGUUCAUCUUUUAAACAGCACUAUAAUCUGGCAACAAGUUCUCAUUGAUAAAAUGAAUGAAACAAACAUUCAACAAAAUGCGACAAUUGAAGAUUUGAAAAUAGAAAUUGUAGGCAUGAAUAAAACGAUAUCUAUCCAGGAUACGACCAUCAUAGCUAGAGAAUAUGAAAUAAAGGCCUUGGAAAAUAAACUUCAACAGCAAGAAAGCAAAUUCGAAGAAAAGCUUCGUAAUUUUAGAAAUGAAUUUACUGAAUUGCAGAUAAAAUACAACAAUGAAAUUCAAAUUCUAAAAUCUACAACUUCGAAUCAUGACUCCAGAAUGAAUACUUUAGUUUCUAAAUACGAAGGAAAAGUUAAGUUGGUGAACGGAACGAGUAGAGGAGGACGAGUUGAAAUUUUUCACAAUGGAGAAUGGGGAACUAUUUGUAACGAUUCCUGGGACGAGGAAGACGCACGGGUUAUUUGUCGAAUGCUUGGGUUUGGUCCUCCAACUUUUUGGAGCCCCGUGCAAAACAAUGUAACAUGCCCACUUGUAUAUGGCCAGGGAAAGGGCAAAAUAUGGCUCGAUGACACGAAGUGUAAGGGAAACGAGUUGAGCAUUGUAAGCUGCGAAAGAAAUGAUUGGAAUAAACAUAAUUGUCACCAUCAUGAAGAUGUUGGGGUUACUUGUGGUUGGUAGUUAUACCGCAGUUUAUUAGCUAUUCCGUUUAUUUUGUACUAUUCGUAUAUCUGCGAGAAAAAUUGUGUUAUUUUUAUUUUACUUCUUUGAUCCGAUGGUGGAUGAUAUGCACUUGUAAUUUGUCACCUUAUACGCUGAUAAACCUCUUCUCACAUCCCGCGCUUUCCUAUCAUCGCGACAGCAGUGAUAUUCUCAGCGUCUUCUCGCGAAGGUACUCGCGCUCGCGAGUUAGUCGGCAAGUUGGUGCAUCAGCCAUUUCAUUUUUAUAACGAACCCAAUCUGGAAAGAAUUUCAUGUUUUGUUGCUUCUUUGAUAGUUAGUGAUACAAUGGCAAGUUGUUCUACUUUGUGAAUUGAAACGCAUUUUCUUUGUUAUUCUCCACAACCAUCGUUGUCGUUGUCAUGCUAAUAACAAAAGUCAUUUUUUAUGGGUUUUGAGAAAAAACUUAAAAACCUUGCUGAAGAUAUUGUGUUGUCAUCUAAACUAGACAUUUAAGAGUAAAUGAUUUCACAUGGUUCAAUUUUGAGUUGUAUAGUCGGAUUUGUGUGACGCCGACAUGUGACGUCACAUUGGCGCACUGCGACUUACGCGGAUUUGUGGCUAUAAUUUGAAGACACGCGCAAUUUUGCAACUUGAUUAUAUCCAUCCGUUCUGAAAACUCAACAUUCAAAAAACGUAUGUCAUUCACAGUAUUUACGAUGGCUAAUCCCAAAACAGAUUAUCUGUUUUAAUAACCCAUGAUGCAAAUACUCAAAAAAAUGAUUCGCUGAGUGACGUCACAAUUGUCUUGUGGGGGAACAAUACUAAUCCUGUGACGGAACAAUUUUAACAAUGUACAUUUCACAUAAAUCUCUAUUUUUGUACGUUUCGGGAUCCUUCGAAUAAAAUCUGAGAUACAUACGCUAUUAUAAAAAACUCAAAACCGCCAAAGAAUACUUACGCAAUUUGGUUAUUAGUGUGGCGAUAUAUUUACUUCUAAAUAUUCAUUGUUUGGUUGAAAAAUAAAAUUAAUAUACAUCAACAUUGAUAUACUGAAAUAUAAUUGAUGUACAUAUUCAGUGUUGUGAUAUGCUUCUUCAGUCGAUGGUUUGUUAGCUAUUUAUGGUGCUUA